CGGAUGCUUGUGUGCGGCCGCAUUCUACAAUUAUUAUAAGCAAAAUCCGGAGGAGGGGAUGUAUCUGGUUUACGUCUCUGCUGCAGGCGAGCCGGUAAAAAUGCCGCCAGAGAUAGAGGGAGUAGUUGCCAAGUACCCAGAUCUAUUUGAGGAGCCUACAGGGGUUGUUGAGAGGGAGGUCGUCCACGCGAUAGAGAUUAUCCCAGAGUCUAGUAUUCCGAAGGGUAGGAUCUAUCGGAUGUCUCGAGGCGAGCUUGAUGAGCUUCGCCGCCAACUCAAGGAACUCAUAGAGAAGGGUUGGAUCCGGCCGAGUGUCUAUCCUUACGGAUCUCCAGUACAGUUCAUACCUAAGAAGAAGGAGGACACUCUCAGGAUGUGCAUUGACUAUAGGGGCCUCAAUGCCAUCACUGUGAAGAACAGAGAGCCCCUACCGCGCAUCGAUGAUCUGUUAGAUAGAGUGCAAGGGUGUCGGUACUUCAGUAACAUAGAUCUGAAGUCCGGGUACCAUCAGAUUGCAAUCUGGCCCGAGGAUCAACACAAAACCGCAUUUCAGAUCAGGUACGGUCUGUACGAGUUUGUGGUGAUGCCUUUUGGCCUUUGCAAUGCUCCUGGCMCCUUUCAGCACGCUAUGAAUCGGAUAUUCCAUGACUACUUGGAUAAGUUUGUCGUCGUGUACCUCGAUGACAUACUUAUUUUUAGUAAGACUGUCGAGGAGCACGUAGCACACUUAGACAAAGUUCUCAGUCUCCUGCGACAGCACAAGUUCAAGAUCAACGGUGAAAAGUGCGAGUUUGGCCGCACCCGUAUUUUGUACUUCGGUCAUGAGAUCUCCGCGGAAGGGCUGAAGCCCGAUGACGCGAAGGUGGCCAACAUUCGUGAUUGGCCACGACCUCAGUCUGUGACUGAGAUGAGAUCUUUCUUAGGAAUGACAGGCUACUACCGGACUUUUGUAAAGAACUAUAGCAUUGUGGCCGCUCCUUUGACUGAUCUGACCCGCCUUGACACCCCGUGGGAGUGGACAGAUGAGUGCGAGGCUGCUUUCAGACAUCUGAAGCAUGCAUUGACGCACUAUGAAGUCUUGAAGCUACCCAAUCCUGAUAAGCCAUUUAUAGUAACCACGGAGGCUAGCCAAUAUGGCAUUGGCGCCGUGCUUGCGCAGCAGGAGGGGCCAAAGUUGAGGCCAGUUGAGUACAUGUCUAAGAAAAUGCCGUCUCAGAAGUUGGCUAAGUCCACUUAUGAGAAGGAACUCUAUGCGGUGUACAAGGCUCUCACCCAUUGGAGGCACUAUCUCCUUGGGAGGUUCUUCAUCCUCAGAACUGAUCAUCAGACCCUGAAAUGGAUGAGAACCCAACCGGUAUUCUCUGACGCUCUCAAGCGUUGGAUCGAAGUCAUUGAGCAAUAUGACUUUGACCCUCAGUAUCUGAAAGGGGAGUAUAACAAGGUUGCUGACGCUCUGUCGCGCAGACCAGACUUCUCAAGUGCGCUGAUUACUGAGUUCAGUCUCACGGACAAUGUUACUCAAUCCUUGGUGGAAGCCUAUCGCGAGGACCAGUUUAUGUCUGAGAUCAUACGCAGACUUGAGGCGAAGGACAAGAAGACGUCCGCCGAGUUUGAGUUGGUUAAUGCGAGGACGUUUAUGUCUGAGAUCAUACGCAGACUUGAGGCGAAGGACAAGAAGACGUCCGCCGAGUUUGAGUUGGUUAAUGGCUUGCUGUUCCUUGAGAAGGCAGGGAAUAAACGAUUGUGUGUUCCCARUAGUGAGUCUUUGCGUAGUUUGUUUCUAGGUGAGUGUCAUGAUGCCACCGGUCAUUUCGGGUAUAAGAAGACCGCAACCAACUUGCUGCAGCGAUUCUGGUGGCCCACGAUGAUGCGAGAUGCACAACUGUAUGUGGAGACUUGUCAAGUUUGUCAACGAGACAAGCCCCGUACUCAGGCUCCUCUUGGGCUGCUCAAGCCCCUUCCGAUUCCGGAAAGGCCGGGUGAAAGCUUGUCCAUGGACUUCAUGGAUACGCUGGUCACCAGCAAGAGUGGGAUGAGGCAGAUCUUCGUCAUUGUGGAUAGGUUUAACAAAGGCAUACAAUAUGAGCUGAGCGUCGUGUGGGGAUAAAUGGUCUGCAUACAAGGCCAACCCAGAGAAGCACUUGUUGUUAACACUGAGUAACAAAACCCAAUCCAUCCG